AUGCCCAGGUGCCGUGCACAAUCUUGGAAUAUGCCACAAUAUGCCCAGGUGCUGGCCAGUGGACGGCUACGUGAAAUCCAGGUUACCGACUUCAACAUUCUCAUUCAACACCCCGGUCCAAUUCUGGCUUACAUGUCCAAGGCCCCUGGAGAUGUGCGUGAAUACGACGGAUCUGAAGACUGGUUCAAGAACGCGGAGGAGGAGAAGCAAAGACAUUCACUCACUCGCAAAUCUCUGGCAUAA